CCCACUCCCGCUCUUGGGGUUACGGUCCCCGGCGAAACUCCCGCGCGUUUAGGUGGGAUGGGCGGUUGCGGGCUUGGCUAGAGGGGCGUUUUUGCUCCGGAUUCCAAACUGAGGCGCGGUGGAUUCUCGGAGUCCGUGACUCUUUCCCACCACACGGUUUUCUCACGAGGUUCCCCUCGAAAGGGAGAACCUCCAAAAUGCAGACUCCAAGCACUAGGUCUCUGCAUUUGAGUGAAUGGCAGAAGAAUUACUUUGAUAUCACCUCUGGCACCUGUACUCCAAGCCAGAAGGCAGAUGCCUACCGUGCACAGAUUUUACGCAUUCAGUAUGCAUGGGCAAAUUCUGAAAUCUCCCAGGAUUGUGCUACCAAACUUUUUAGAAAAUAUGCAGACAAAUACUCUGCAAUUAUCGACUCUGACAAUGUAGAGACUGGCUUGAAUAACUAUGCAGAAAACAUUUUGACUAUGGCAAAGUGCCAGCAAACUGACAGUGGCCAAUGGCAAUCUGGAUUAACAAUAAAUAAUGUUUUCAAAUUAAAUAGUGUGCAAGAGAUGAUGCAGGCUGGCAGAAAAUUCAAAGAUUCUCUCUUGGCUCCAGCAGAUGCAUCUGUAGAAAUCCAUAAAAGGGUUGGUGCCUUUGGUUUUUCUAAACCCAAAUCUAAUUGUACAGAACAGACAAUCAGCAUUCCAGAGAAACCGAUGUCCUUGAUCCAGCCUCAGAACAGUCAGUUGUCGAUCAUGACCAAAACUACAGGUGAUUUUCCUGCAUCCUCUGUGCCUUUAGAUGAACUGCCCAGUGCAAAGUUCCAUGUUGCUCCGUUAUUUGGAAAUGUCAAAAUGACAGGGGAUACUACCAAAGCCAAUACAGUGGCAUUAAAUGUGUCAUCAGAUCAAUCAUUUUUUCAUUCUGGACAUGGAAAUCCAAGAAAAAAGAAGGCUUUGUAUGAUUCUGGCAGUAAUGUCACUAAAGCGCUUUCUGAUCCCACAAUGAACAAGACUCUUGAUAAUGCUGAAGCCAGUGGCCACAGGGAUGAGAACAGCUUGUCUAAUUUUAAAACUGCAAAAGAACAACUAUGGAUAGAUCAGCAAAAGAAAAACCAUCAAUCCCAGCGGGCACCAAGCCUUUCAUAUGGUGGAGUAAAAAAAUCUCUGGGAGCUGGCAGAUCCCGGGGCAUAUUUGGCAAGUUUGUUCCUCCCCUAGCCAAACAGGAUAGUAGAGAUGAGAAAGGAGGAAUGCAGUGUAAACCUCAAGGGACUGCGCCUACAGAACCAGCUCAUCCAAUUGAUGAACGUUUAAAGAAUUUAGAGCCAAAGAUGAUUGAACUUAUUAUGAAUGAGAUCAUGGAUCAUGGCCCACCAGUAAACUGGGAAGACAUAGCAGGAGUUGAAUUUGCUAAAACCACAAUAAAGGAGAUAGUUGUGUGGCCUAUGUUAAGGCCAGACAUCUUUACUGGAUUACGAGGACCUCCCAAAGGGAUCUUACUUUUUGGUCCUCCUGGAACAGGUAAAACUCUAAUUGGCAAGUGCAUUGCAAGCCAAUCUGGGGCAACAUUCUUUAGUAUCAGUGCUUCUUCCUUGACUUCUAAGUGGGUGGGUGAAGGGGAAAAAAUGGUUCGUGCCCUGUUUGCUGUUGCAAGAUGUCAGCAGCCAGCUGUCAUAUUUAUUGACGAAAUUGAUUCCUUGUUGUCACAGCGUGGAGAUGGUGAGCAUGAAUCUUCCAGAAGGAUAAAAACUGAAUUUUUAGUUCAGUUAGAUGGAGCAACCACAUCUUCUGAAGAACGUAUUUUAGUGGUGGGAGCAACUAAUCGGCCACAAGAAAUUGAUGAGGCUGCUCGGAGAAGAUUGGUAAAGAGAUUAUAUAUUCCACUCCCAGAACCUUCAGCGAGAAAGCAAAUAGUAAAAAAUCUGAUGGCCAAGGAACAUUUUCGUCUUAGUGAAGAAGAAAUAUCCCUUAUUGUUAAGCAGUCUGAUGGAUUCUCUGGGGCAGAUAUGACACAGCUUUGUCGAGAAGCUUCUUUAGGUCCUAUCCGAAGUUUACAGACAAUCGACAUUGCCACAGUCACACCAGACCAAGUUCGACCGAUAGCUUUUAUUGAUUUUGAAAAUGCUUUCCAAACUGUGCGCCCAAGUGUGUCUCUAAAAGAUUUGGAACUAUAUGAAAACUGGAAUAAAACUUUUGGUUGUGGAAAAUGAAUGAAAUAAAACUCAAGGCAGCUAUGUAAUUCAUAUUUUUAAAACUUGGGAACCAAAAAUAGUUAUUUUUAACAAAUUUGGAGUUCUUAGUAUCUUGAAGAAAGUAGAAUGCUUGUUCCUAAUGUCCAACAUUUUCCAUGAUAGCAUAUCCUGUGCUGAUUUUGAUAUAAAUGUUAAAUGAUAAUUGAAGUUUACUUGCCCAAAAUGAGAAUUAGAUUUAUCUGGUUUUGAGGUUUUGUUCUGUUUUGAAGGGACAACCAUAAAGGAAAUAAUGACAUUUAAAAUGAUUUUUGAAAAUCCAGACAUUGUAUUGUGUAUGAAGCUUUCCUGAGUCACAUCUAUUUCAUGUUUAGGAAUUGGAAGGCCUUAUUCUUUAAUUUCUUAAUGGAGUGGUAAAAUUUAGAUAUAAAAAAGCUGAGAAAGUCAAAAUCACAAAAAACCUUACUCGCCUAAAUCAGUACCAGCCAUAUGUUUUGGCCCCUGCAGUUUAUAACCCAACUUGUAUAUUUCUGUUUUCUUCUCUCAGCAUGAAGGACUUAAAAAGAUCAGAUUACUUAGUAUUAUUUUUAGGGGCAUGUGGAAUUUUAUUUUUGCUGUAAUUGCUACGUGUUGGAAAAGAAAUAAAAUUUUUUAUAGUAAAAAUAUGUAAUUGAUAACAAGGAAUGAUUUGGAAUUAGAACUUUUUUUAGUGUGACAUGAUAAAAAUACAUUUAAAGUGGUCAGUAUUUGUAAAAAUAUUUGUAGGAAAUUAAUCUUUUUGACUCUUUACACCUUGUAAUAGUAGUUUCUUUCAGAACUAAAUAAAAACCAAUUUUUUCUAUAUUUCUAUUAUAUGAAUAAGGGGAUAAGGUAGAACAAAAAAAUUGAAUCUGGAAAAAUUACAUUCUAGGUUUAAAAAAUAUCCUCCCUUUGUUGUUGUUGCUAAGUUAUUUGGUUUUUUUGCAUUAGCAAGUAUUUUUAGGUGACAUCGAAACUUUAUAGUUGUUGAUAAGUAACCAAGUUUUAAAAACUAGAUUUUUUUUGUAUGGAAAAAAAAAAAUAAAUUAUGAACCAAAUUGGAGUUAACAGAAUAAUUGACAUUCCGAAUGGAGAAAUGUUUUUAUUGCUAUCUUUGUACUUAAUGGAGUCAUUUCCUUCCCUCGCUUCCUGCACUCGGAUUAAACCCUCCCUUGUGAAGAAAACAAAACAAAAAGCAAUAAGCAAAAAAUAUUUGAUACUGAAACUAUUUAACAGGGUAUCCAAUAUCAUGUUAUAGUAGCCACUUCUACCACAAGGCAUGUGAUGUGUUCUCAUCAUACUUUUUCCAUUACUCCAAGUUUAACUUCCUUUUUAUGGUCUUGCAUUGGAUUGUUGAGUCAUUGUGUGUGUUCUUCUUGGUUCAAAUUUUGCUUUGCAUCAAUUUCAUUUUCCCAUUUUUCUUUUAAUUCUUCAUAUUUGUUUUUUAACUAAUCAGUAAUCAUGAUGUACAUAUGCCAUAGAUUUUUAAGCCAUUCUCCAGAUGAUGGACUGGUUUCCAGUUUCUCACAACCACAAGAAGUAUUACAUUGACUAUUUUGGUGUAUAUGGUACUUUAUCUUUGGAGUAUGUUGAAAAUUAUCUAUUACCUGACCAUCUCAAUGGCAUGCUGCUUAUAUCCCACUUAGUUCUCCUGGAUUUCAGCAUCCCAUAACAUAGGUCUCAGAGCUUUGACUUUCAGUCUUUUACUUUGUUUUUCUCAGACUAAGGUACAAUAAAACUAAUGGGCUUUA